AAGUUUUAUCGAAGUAGGCGGUUAGUUUAAAUAGAUAAUGUACAAAAAAUGUACCGCCAAAUUUAUCAUAAAAGGCGAUUAGUUGUUUAAUAUAAGUAUAUGGAAUAACACAUUAGUCACAGUCUGCUCUAAUGUCGUGAUUAUUUCACUUAUUUUUACAUAUUACGCUUUUAAAUUCGCUAAAGAAGCAAAGGCCGCGAAGGUUCAACGUGUACGGCUGAUAAUGCUUUAUUAUAAUCUAUGAAAAUUUUUAACAUCGUUCUGUGAUGUAUAUUUUUUAUUUGUGCCAGGUUGUAACAUCAUUCGAUUUCAUUAUACUUUAAGCACAAAUGAAGAACAUGUCUAACUACUGUCUAACUUGCUACUGUGGCCAAGAUGGAGACCAAAAGUUAAAUAUGCUUCAGUGUGUGAAAUGCAAACAUUGGUUUCAUGAAGAUUGUGUAAAGUGCCUUGAUAUGCCUAUGCUAUAUGGAGAUAGAUUCUACAUUUUUAUUUGUUCGCUCUGCAAUGCUGGCUCAGAAUGCUUGGCUAGAUUAGAAAUGAAAUGGGCUGAAAUUAUUCAGUUGCUUUUAUAUAAUCUUACUAUUGAGCACAAGAAAAAGUAUUUUGAUUUAGAUGCAUCAGUGGUUCCUUUUCUUUAUGAAAACUGGGAGAGAUUUCAUAUUUUGGGACCUGCCACAAGAGUGCAUCAUAUCCUUGAAGAUAGUGGUAGAGUCACCCAGUAUGUGGACAAGCAUUGUCUUGCUAAUAAAAGGCAUCUGGGUGAUUUAGUAGCAAAGUCAGUACAUCCAGCUUUAAAAUGUCGUCCAUUUAACUGUGAACCAUCAUAG